GGCCGCUGGGUAGCUGUACGUUGUGUAUACCGUUUUCCGAAAUUAUUCUAUUUUUCCACGAACGUAUUAGUUCAUUAAUUUUUAUUUUCAUCGUUUUGGUCACCUGUGCGAUCGAUAUUUCAAUAACAUGGCGAACCGACGACCCCAGCAAAAUAACGGGCGGCGCAUUGACCGGCCGAAGACCUUCGGGCGCAGCGGAGUGUCGCCUUGGCAGGGCGCGGGCCCGGGCGGAGGCCUACCUAACCUCCUACCUCUCGGCGGAGGCUCCACGGAGGCUACGCUAGCCCUCGCUAGCAACAUCAUCAACUUACUGCAACCGCGACAAAACCCUGUCCCGUCUCUCCUCGACAUGCCUAUCAGGCGCGACUUUGGGCCCAAUAUGGGUCGGUUUGACCGUGGUUACGGUCCUAACCGGAUGGGCAAUCAAAAUUUCCGGCGUACGGGCAAUUACAAUCGCUCUGGUGAGCGCAUCAACAACAAUCGUAAGCCGUUCAGGCCCAAUGAUGGGCAAAGGCAACAAAACAAGAGCUCCCCGAAAAAGGAUGCCGAUUCUAAGGCUAAGCCUGUCAAGGAGAGCGAACAAGCUGAGAAAGACCAAGAUGGCAAGGACCAAUCUGAGAAGAAAGACGAGACCACCGAAGAGAAGAAGGAAGGGCCGAAGACACGAUAUGAUGACAUCAACUCUCAGCUGCUGAAGUGUCACAUUUGCAACAAGAGCAUGUGGGACGGACGUUCGUUCGAGAACCACCUGAGUGGACGGGCCCAUGCCAUUAUGAUGCAGAAGACUGCUGAGAGCUAUGCCCUGACGGCUGAUACCAUGAGGCAAGAGUUUAAGAUCCGCGAAAUGAAGCGGUCCCGCAAGACUGGCAUGCAGCCGACGCGCGACUUCUACUGCGCGAUGUGCGACAUGUACGCGGCCGACGGGGCGGCGCACCGCACCACCGUGGGGCACCGCAAACUCAAGAAGUACCUGCACCCCUCCUGCACCUGCUGCCACAAGGAGAUGCCCACCAGGAUCGAGCUGGACGAGCACAGGUUGACAGCUGAGCAUUUGAGGAACAUGCAGGACAAGCAGGAGGUUGUGGCUAAACCGAAACCUGAAGUGAUGGUGAUCUCCACACUGACGAUGGAGCAGUCUUACCUGCGUGAUGAGCGCCAGCGCGGCCGCCGCCGGGACGAACCUGCUGACAAGGACAAGCAGGACGACAACAAAGACGCUGAGAAACAGGAUGGUGAUGAAGUGAAAGUGAAGACAGAAGACCCCGACCAGGAGGGCGUGGAAGUGAAGCAGGAAGAGGAGAAGAAGACAAUAGACAAGGAGGGAACUAUCCUCGAUUACAACGAGGGUGAUGACCUCUCCGGAAUUACUGCCGAGCAGUUGCCUGUCUACAGCAUGGACCGCGGCGUGGGCCGCUCGUUCCUGUCGGACUUCCGCUGCAUCCAGUGCAAGCUGUGCCGCAAGCUGCUGGACACCGAGGAGACGGCCGAGGUGCACCUCAAGACGUGGCGGCACCACCAGCUGUUCCUCAGGGUGCUCAAUGAGAAGUCUGGUGCGCAACAGUCAACCGAGCAACAAACAUCAGAGAGUAACAACAAGCGGCCGCUGGACUCUGAGGAAUCCGGCAACUGGAAGCGCCGCAAGACCGAGGAAGAUGGCAACGAAGAACAAGAACACGAGCAGCAGAACGGACAUGAUGACAACGGUAUGCAAGAACAAUCCCACGAGGACGCUGAUGGUGACACUGAGAUGCCUCCACCAGAGGAGCUUGAAGACUGGGAGCAGUCCGUUGAUGAGAUACUGCAAGAUGAAAGUGUGGAGAUCAAGGAAGAGAAGCCCCCGACCCCCGAGCCGGUGGUAGAGCCCCCGCGGCAGGCGCCGCAGACUCGCAGCACCCCGCGCGGCCGCGGCCGCGGGCGUGGCCGGCGGUACUAGGGACCCUAUACCACUCACCGGCGAAUUUAUGGGCUUCUAUAUAUAAUUUCCAAUAUUACAUACCUACAUAAAUUCACGCCUAUUUCCCACCGGGGUACGCAGACUAACCUGCAUAUCAUCGCCUUAUGGUAAAUACCACAUAACCAAUUUGGUUUUCUACAACAAUACCUCGAUUUCUUUAAAUUUCAACAAAAAAUAAUUCAACAACAUGACAUAACAUAAGCUCACGACUACAUCCCGAUUAGAGUAGUCUGAUAUAUCAAGAUGAACUAAGCACUCACCUCGCCAAGCUUUCUGUUAGACCAACGUGAGAGUCGUCGGACGACGCUCAGUGGGUAGGCCCGCUACAAGGUGGACCGACGACCUGGUGAAGGUCGCGGGAAGCCGCUGGAUGCGGGCAGCGCAGGACCGAUCGUCGUGGAGAUCCUUGAGGGAGGCCUAUGCCCAGCAGUGGGCGUCGUACGGCUGAUAAUGAUGAUGAUAGCCGUAUCGCCGCGCGCCGUCUAUUUCGGUCAAGCGAACUGUUAAGUAAAAUUCGGACUACAAAUUUUACCCUGGAUUGAAACUUGUCACACAUCCUAAUGUGAUUUUUCCAAAGGCGCUUAACGUUUCAGAAAGUGCUAAAUUUCGAAAAAUCAUAUUCCCAACACGAGUCUUCAAAAUCUAUCCGUUCGUAACAGUUCAGUUAAUGUUAAAAUACUAGCUAGGAUGUAUUACAUAAAUACCAGGUAGGGGGAUCUCCUUAAAAAAACUUGAAGCAAAUGUAAUUCCAUAGUCUGCUUACCCCGGUGGGAAUUAGGCUAGCAAAGCGCUUAUUUAGCUCUAACACUCUCGGAUGAACAAAAAAUUCGCCACCUAAAUUAUGUAUGGAAACUUCAGAAUUCACCCUUUAUAUUGUGUUAGUUUUAACUUGUUAGUGCUUAUAAUAAUUAAUAGCAUCGAUUUUUCUAUUAAAACUCAUAAUAAAUUGCCGAAAAAACAUUAUUGUAUUACUAAUAAAUUCUUCUAGAAUUACAUUAUAAUAAAAUAUGUCUGCCUCUCUCUAUCUGCCUCUUUAGGGACAGACAUACAUACAGUUUUUGCUCUCAUGCAACUUCGCAUAACUAACGAAGGGUUUCUCCAAGCAAGUCCACGUUAUAUGUCUAAAAUGUCCCUUUACUUUUCCUGUCUAAUUAAAAUGUAGAAUAGACGAAAGUUAAAAUAAAUAGGUACUCCUUUGUAGUACCAGUUACCAAUGGUAAAAACUAUAAAUUUCUCUAAAUUGCGCACAUUAUGUAAACUAGUAAUAAUGUAGCUAGAGCAUUAAAAUUGACGAAUUUUAAGGAGUAGAAUGGAUUUCAUAAACUUUUUUAAUACACACUAAUUUGAAAUUACUUUUCAUACAAAUAUCGAAACACAUUUUCGUUUUUCAAAACACGAGUCUAAUUAUAUUUAAUUUGGAAUAGUACACAUACCCAUUGUAAAAUUUCAUUUAUUUUUUAUUCAUAGUUUACAUUAUUAAUAUUUUUCUGGCAUGAUCACUCAGGGUGUUCAAAGCCUCUCAAAGAAUAUUUGAAAAAAGGAACCUAUUACAAAAAUAUGAAAAUAGAUAAUGGCUUAUAUUGUUAUGUAUAGUCCAUUCUAGCCUUCUUUCAAUUACUUAUCACUUUAUUUGUGUUCUAAUUCCAUUAUUAGUAUUGAAAAUGUAUUUUAAAAAUAUUGCUUAUUAAAAAUUAUAUGUAGUUCAUAAGGUGGUCUAUUUAGAUAGGGUUUCAAUGAUUAUUUUUUGCAAAAUUACAAAAUGAAAAUGAUUAGAAAUUAAGUUUUCUUUUGUACUGGUGUACAUAUCUGUAUUGUCUUCUUAGAUUUUAAGUCCUUAGUAUUAUAUUCAUGUAAUCUGUAUUGGCUUAUGCCUAUUAUGUUAGGAAUUUAGAAGUCUUACAUGGAACUUAAACAUAGCUGGUGUGGAGUAGUUGUAUAAUACUAUAUACUUCUGUCUACUAUAUGGUGUGAUGCUAUGUUGUGUCUGUCAUAUAGUCUAAAUUACUAAACCAAUUUAGAUAAACCUUCUAGUAUAAGUAGGCAGAUUGAACAAGAUCUGUGCUUCCCAAAGAUUGGGAUUUAAGAAUUUGCAUUUAUAAAUUACACUGAAUUUGGUAUGGUAUAUAUAAUUUUACUGUUCUGAUUACUAAUCAAUAAAAAAUGGUCAAUUAAA